AUGGAGGGACUGGCGCUACCUACACUGCUUGUUAUAGCGGUGCUACAACUAGCCGUCACUGACUCAGCUCGGUUUGGUGACCGCCUCGCCCCUAGGAAACCCGCGCCUUACUCACCUCGCAAUGCAAAUCCAGGACAAACUUUUGCACAAAACGAUGAAGCCACUUACGAACAGGACUUUGAUAAGCACAUCCUAGCUUUUGAAUAUGACGAGCCCAAACUGGAAACGGAAGCUCCCCAUCGACGUCCCGCUCGGACGGAAGCGCAUCGCUUGGAAAUGAGUACAGAAUACUUCGUAAUACCGGAAAAGAUGUCGACGCCAUCUUCAACUUCAGUUCCUCAACGCCCAAAAGUUAUUGCUACAGCACGGCCGAACAAUAUGACCAUGCCGGCAAUAAAGGUCGCAACUUUGACGGCUUUAAGACUCGAACCGUGGGCUGUUCCAAUUUUAGCGUUAGCGAGCGUCAUCAUGAUAAUUAUUUGCGGCUUCGAGGCUUUCGUUAUUUGGGGGGCCAGUCGCAGAGCACCGAGCCACAGACAUUUGCUCUUAGGACAGACGCUGCUCUUCGGGCUUUUUCUAUGCGCUGGCACCGCAGCCUUGUAUGUCGCAUCGCCCACGACCUUCACUUGCGGGGCUGUACGUUUUGCGACCGGAGUAGCAUACGUGAUCGUGUUCGUGACAUUAUUAGUGAAAUGUGUAUUUCUGUUAAGUCUAAACGGUGGCGUAUACCUCCCCGCCGCUUAUCAAGGACUUUUGUUAUUUUUUGCGAUCAUGAUACAGGUCGCCAUCGGGGCGCAGUGGCUAGGCGGAUCGCCGCCGCGAGUGGCACCGAGUGGGACGAGGUGCCAGACGGCGUUGUCCGAUCUGUUACUAUCUUUGUGUUACGCUGCAUUUCUAAUAACCGUGGUGUGCGGGGUUGCACUUCGAUCGCGUGGCAUACGGGACAACUAUCGCGAAGCCACGCAUAUUGCAGCCGCGAGUGGCGCUACGGCUGCAGUGUGGGUGUGCUGGGUUGCGGCGGCCCUCGGGGCUCCCGAUCAGCACAAAGACGCGUGCGUGGCGGCCGGACUACUGGCUACGUGCGCCGUAGUGUUCGCUCUUAUGUUCGCUCCGAAAGGUCGCCGCUUGGCCGCCCUGGGCCGAGAGGGCCGCUGGGAAGCCGAUCGCGAGGAAGGCCUCAGCUCCCUGGGCGCGGGUGGUUCCGGUUAUUCGCCUUCGUUCUUUCACUUCAAGCCGGUUAAGUACGGCAUGGUUUCGGCGGCGGCGCCGGCGAUGGCUUCAUCGAUCUCGGAUCGCAAGGAGCCCACAGCUCAGCAAGCCGAUCCGUUCGGCAUCUUCGUGGCCUCGCACCAACACAGACGCACCGCGUGCGCCCCGCACUAUCCCAUGCACCUUCUAACGCACUAUAACUACAAUCAAUACCCACCCUAUCACUACAUGUUACCACCAGGCGUGAUGAUGCGCGCAGAAGAGGCCAACGUGUACACGAGCGUGGAGCCGACCUUCAGCAGCAAUCCCAACGUGUUCUUCCAACGCACGGACCCUUUGCACGUCGGCAUGAUGUACUGA